UUGGCAACUCUUUUUACGUUUCUGGGAAAAUGUCGUUUAAUGCAAGUUUCUAAUUUUUGAACAAUGAAAAUUCUUAAGCGCUUGAAGUAUAAUUGCUUUGGUACAUAUAUGUAUGCAAGAGCGCAUAAUUGCUUGAUAAAGAUGUAACCUAUGUUUAUUUAUAGAUUACUCUAUCAUAAUUAAACAUAAAAAAAGUUCUCAAAAUUUCAAUUAAGUUGAUUUUUAUAAGGUUGUUGACAUCACACAUGAUAAUAAAAAUGGAAGAUAUUGAAUGCCCACGUUGCAAAACAACAAAGUAUCGAAAUCCUAAUUUGAAAUUAAUGGUCAAUAUAUGUGGACAUGCUCUUUGUGAAAACUGUGUUGAACUUCUUUUUGUGAAGGGGUCAGCUGCUUGUCCUCAGUGUAAUAUUGCUUUGCGUCGAAACAAUUUUAGAGUUCAAAUAUUUGAAGACUCUUCUGUUGAAAAAGAACUAGAUAUACGCCGCCGUAUUUUGAAAGAUUUUAAUAAAAAAGAGGAAGAUUUCAAAACUCUGCGAGAAUAUAAUGAUUAUUUAGAAGAUGUAGAAACAAUCAUUUUUAAUUUGUCCAACAACAUUGAUGUUGAUAGCACAAAACGUAAAAUUGACCAGUAUAAAAAAGAAAAUAAGACCCAAAUUAUGAAAAACAAAGGUAAAUUAAGUAAAGAGGAAGAGGAAUUAGAGGAAUUAUUAGAAUAUGAAAAAUUAGAAUCUGAAGCUAGAAAAAUGCAAGUAAUGGAAGAAGAAUUACAGUUAGAGAAAGAGAAAAGAAAGAAAAAAGAAGCAUUAAUUGAUGACCUUAUGUUUUCUGACAAAUCAGCUAAAGAUAUAAUUGCAUCACAUUCUUUGAAAAACAAAGAGCCUAAAUUCAAGAAUAUUCCAAUCAGAAAAAAUAAAUUUUCCACAGGAGUUAAAUCACAACAAGUCUUUUUGCCUGUUCCCAGAGAAAGCAAUGAAAAUAUGUAUAGUUAUCAGGAAGUAAAGCUGAAUAUAUGUGGACCUGAUAUUUUCACUCCAAAUACUUUAAAAAGUGAAGGCUUUAUGCAACAUGUUCGUGGUGCCUCUGAAACUGAAAUGGCUAGUGGUUUUCUGUCUGAAUAUGCAUGUACUCGUGCUUUGCAUGAUGCAUUUUGUGGAAUUUAUUUUACAUCUGCAUAAUAUAAUCCUUUUCUUCAACCAUUUAUAUGUAUAUAUGUAUAAAGUAAGCCUAGAAUAAUGUUAAAGCAUUUAAUUUGUAAAUUAAAGCAUUUCAAAUCAUUAA